UAGGAUCAUAGCAUUAUAACCUCACACGAUCGCAUAGAAUCAAAUAAUUGCUCAUAUUCAUACAUCUGAAAUACAUAUCGGAGAUACAUCGCUCACAAUACAUUAUGAAACUCCAAAGUGCGCUCGUGUUCUUGACCGCGUUAUCCGGCCCUGCCCUAGUUUGUGCACGACAAGACCCCUUUGCAUCCCCGAGCCCUUCCCCGGUCGCUAUUGCGAUUGCUGAUAUUGCUGUCAGCACAAUUGUACCUCAGGCAACAGUACCAGAACAACCUGACCAAACUGCACGUGCCAACCUCGAUAAUGGAUUGGCCGUGGGUAAUAUCACCUUUCAAGAUACACGUGACGGCUUGAACGUCAGUGUAGUGAUUAAUAUAGUGGAUAUAAACUCGGGUCUGUAUGAAGAAUGCAUGAAUCCUGACCGCAGAUCAUUCAACCUGACCUGGGCCGUCCACAAUGGAAGACCCGCAGGAGGGGAAGGUAUGGAUAUGGCAUGCGAAGAUGGCCAAGGAACACCCAGAAUCGAAGGAGUUUACGAUGAAACACUGGCAUGUGGCCCCGGUACAGCUGAGCAGGCGAACUGUGAAGCAUUGAAAAGGACAGCCGACCAGGGUUACAACUACACCUGCGAUCCAGAGUUAUAUGAAUCAGAUCCGUACGCGUGUGAAGUGGGUGAUCUGAAUGGUAGAUAUGGGGCUAUCAAGAUGGGUGUGAAUGUUGAGGGUAUCACAGCGUCGGCAAAUUAUUCGAUCACUGAUCUACGUGGGCCCAGAGCCAAUCUUUUAUUUGAUCGCAGUGUUGUCUUCAGCUGUAAUCAAACGAGAAUAUACUGUGAAGCAAUUGAUGAAGUGCGUACGUAAAAGGGACUACACAAGGAUCCAUAGUAGCAUGCUACUUUUGGGUUCUUGAGCUUAGCUACUUAGGUAGUCCAUUUGUAUCCUAUAUCUAAAAAUUCUAUAGUAGGAUAAGCACACUGUACAGUUUUAUAUCCUCGAGAGAAGUUGACAAUACUCUGAAAGUAUCAUAUAGAGCAGGCACCAUUGAGAGACUGUCGGCAAAUAAAUAUGCUCGGAC